AUGCUCGCCCAUCUUCUCCUGGCUGCGGCCUUGCUGUGCUGCCUGGCAGCGCCGCCGCCUGCUCGCGCCCAAGAUCUGCCCACCUGGGACUGCCAGCUCCAGGGCGCCUGCACCUACUACCACCAAGACCCGCAGACGCUGGGGUGCGACCAGCGGCCGCCGCAGUGCGUGCCCGCCGCCCCCGCCGGCGGGGCCGCUCCUGACGGCCAGCGGUGCGCCGCCCGCAACGCCAACAUCAAGGGAGAGGUGUUGGUCCUGGAUGUCAAUUCCCUUUCCUACUCAGGCGGCCCCAACAAGCCCCCCGCCGUGACGACCGCGGCAGAGUGCUGCGAGGCAUGCGCCGAGCAGGCGGGGUGCAACGCCUGGACCUUCUGCUGGCGCCUGGACGGGUGCGGCAGCGGCUGCACGGAGACGGGCAAGACCCCAAACGAGAUCGAUCCCUCCAAGGAGCUGGGCCACUGUGCUGCGGUUGGCAGGUACCCCUUCCGCACCUGUUCCCUGAAGCGUGUGGCCGACCCCGGCAACGCGCCGGUGUGGGGCGGCGGCGAUGAGCGGGACUGGACCUCUGGCACGGUGGGCAGGGCGCCCGGCGUCAGCAGCGCCCCCCAGGCCCGGCCCUUGGGCGCGCCCUCUCGCCAGCGCCGGCCCGCCAUCGCGGCCGGCAGCAGCGGCGCGGCAGCGGCGGCGUCCGCCGCCGCCCCGGCAUCGGCCAGCGGCGCCGCCAGCCAGCUGCCGCGCUCCCCCGGGGCGAUGGUGGACCAGGCGGCGGCGGCCAUCCAGGCCGCGCUGGACGACGGCGUGCUGCGCCAGACGGUCACCUUCCUCAUCCCGGAAUUCGACACCGCGUGCGCGCUGGCGAAGAGCCUGCUGCAGCGGCUGCUGGGCACAGGCACAGCCAUCGUGGCCAAGCGUAUUGACGAGGGCGGCGUGGAGGGGGAGCCCUGCGCAGUGCUGUUCCCAGAGGACAAGUCGUUCCUGGCGGUUGUCUACCCCACCGCCGACCGCCUGAAGGCGCUCCAGGCGUACGCCAAGGCCGAGCGCCGGCCCCUGCUUAUCGUCAACCCUCAGUGGCGCAACGAGGGGCAGGUCAUCAGUGACUUUGGCUUUGGGCCUUGGAAGAAAGCGGCGGAGGACUUCCUGGGCACCUUUGAGCCCACCUACUUUCUUCGGGAGAAGCGCAUCGGCAGCCCAGGCGCGCACUCCUUUAAAGGCUGGGCUCUGGCAGAAAUGCGCCGCGCUACGGGCGGCGUGGUGCGCGUGCUGCGGGAGUGGCCGGGGCAGUACCAGAGCCACGCCAUGGCCGCCAACGGCAGCAGCCAGCUGAUGGAGGCGACGCCCGCAGAGCCCGGCUACCAGGAGCUGGAUGCCAUGAUCAAGCGGGGGCGUGCCGCCAAGCAGGAGAUCUUCCGCAUCGCCCAGGAGGCCACUGCGGUGUACUCUAGCGGCGAUGGCGGCAGCGGCGAUGGCGGCGAGGGCGAGGGCGAGGGCGGCGAGGCCGCGGGCGGCGGCGCGGCGCCCGGCAGCGGCGCGGCGCUGGCCGGGUUGAGCGAUGCCGACGUGGAGGCGAUGGAUGCAGCCACGCUGCGGAGGCUGCUGCUGGGCUGCGGCCUGCCCGCCUCGGGACGCAUCUCCAAGCUGCGAGAGCGGCUGAGGGAGGUGCGGGACGAGGGGGAGUGA